CUAACUUAGCAUGCUAGCUGCUAACAACGAGACGCUGAAGUGAUCGAAACCUCGCCAAGCAAACACCAAGUGAGUGUAAAUGUGGUUAUUGUGUCAACAUGUGCGGGAGAAGGAGAGCAGAACACGAGGAGGAACUUUGUGGAACAAAAGAGGAGAAGAAGGUCAACUACUGGAAGCUCUUUUCAACAAACAUCAACAAACAGCAGACGUCAGUGAAGAACAUCUUCUUGGAACUUCAGGAUGGAGCAGGAGGAACCACAGCCCCUGUGCAUUAAUGAGGAAAAUGAGGAGCCUCAGCCCUGCCAGAUUAAGGACGAAGAGGGCGAGUUACAGCCCUCCCACUUUAAAAAGGAAGCGAAGGAGCCAUAUACCCCCGACAUUAAAGAGGAAGAAGAACCAAAACCCCUUCACAUUAAAGAAGCAGAGGAGGAACACCGCAUCAGUCAGGAGGGACUGGAGGAGUUCCCAGUGGCUGGUGUCCCUGUGAAGAGUGAAGAAGAUGAGGUCAAAGGUGAAAGUGAGGAGAGGAGAGGGGCGGAGCCUCCAAGCAGCAGCUCAAGUCAACACAUGACAACAGAAGGUGACGGUGGAGACUUAGCUCCACUCUCAGAUAGUGACCACACCACGUCUCACUCUUCUGAGGACGACGACACCCGAGAAGCUUUGAGCACAGAUUGUGAAGCUGAUGCGAGGACUCACUCUGACAACAAACACUCUCCAUGCACUGAAAAGAAGACGGGUAAAAAAGUCUUCACUUGCUCCGUUUGUGGUAAAAACUUUUCCUUCAAGAGCCGUUUGGCCCAACACACGAGAUCCCACACAGGAGAGAAACCCUUCAAGUGCUCGGUUUGUGGCAACGUCUUCUCCCUGAAGAGCAAUUUGUCUAAGCAUAUGAAAACACACACGGGAGAAAAACCCUUUAGUUGUUCAGUUUGUGGUAAACGGUUCCCUCAGAAGAUAGGAUUUAUAACACACAUGAGAACGCACACGGGAGAAAAACCCUUCAGGUGCUCAGUGUGCGACAAAAGCUUUUCCCGCAAGACAAACAUGAAAUCGCACAUGAAAACGCACACGGGAGAGAAACCCUUCCGAUGCUCCCUUUGCGAUAAAACCUCUCGUAAGGCAAACAUGAAAUCCCACAUGAUCACGCACACCGAGGAGAAACCUUUCAAAUGCUCCCUCUGCAAUAAAAGCUAUUCUUACAAGACAAGUUUAAUUCCGCACAUGUUGUCUCACAGCAGAGCGUAAACAUGUCACGCUUUUUGUGAAGACGUUUGAUGUCAGAUUCUCUCACCACUACUGGAAAUGUUGCUUUCUUGCUCUCUUCUUCUCUGGAAUUCUUCCAACGGGGAUUUUGUAACAUUUAAUUUUAGAGUUGCUAAUAUUGUCCAACUUAAACUAAACAAGACUAGAAUGGCAACUAUGUUAUAUAAACGUUUUAUUGUUGCAAAACUAUUCGUAUCUCAGUCUGUGCGUCUGUAAUCUGAUGUCUGUGUCUGUAUAUCAAUGGGUGUGUGUAAUGACGUACCGUAUUUUCCGCACUAUUAGCCGCACCUAAAAACCACAAAUUUACUCAAAAGCUGACAGUGCGGCUUAUAACCCGGUGCGCUUUAUA